CAAUUUUCUGUAAUUUUAUAGGCUAAACUGCUAAUUAAUUGAAAAAAGAAUCAGCUAAUUAAUCAAGAUGAACAAUUGUUGCCUUAAAGCUGACACUGAGAAUUUAUGGAAGUCAGGAGCACAAAUUACCCCUCAUUAUUGUGAUUUUGUUUUAAGUACUCGAUUUCUAUACAAAUAUAUAUAUAUAAAAUUGCAAUAUCCUGAAGUGUGAUAGGACAUAAAAUGAACAGAGCAUUCUAUAUCUUUAAAAACACAAGAUAAUCUGCGUAAACUUGGUAUUAAGAUUAAGUUUAUAAAAAAAAAAAAAAAAACACAACCGAGAUGGGUCCAACUUGGUAUGUUUUCUCUACAGGCGGACAUACUGUGAUUGUGACUCUCCUCCACUAGGUGGCAGCAGUUACUCAUGUUAAAACCUGAGUUACAUCUUCCUUCAGUGUUUUCAAGGUGGAAACAUUGUUGUCACUAUGUUCCAAGCACUGAUUGGUUUGUGUUGUAAGGAAGUCAUCUCAGCAUAUGAAUCCAGUAGUGUCACUUUGAUGUGUGGGAGGGACAAGAUGCAGCCAAUGAAACCUUCUCAGUUUGUUUUUUGGAGUACCUGACAUACAACACGACGAUGAAUCUGUUCCCAGUGCUGCUGGUUAUUUGUCUUCCAAAAUACAGUCAAGGUAAACACUUGCUUCGCUUUUUGACUUUCUGUCAAAGAGACGUGCCAGGAAACGGCCAGUAUGACAUUGAAUUUGACGGCGAUCAGCUCCUCUACGUUGACCCUGUCACCUAUCAGACAGUCCUGCGUCUGCCAGAGUUUGCAGAGCAGUGGACCCCUGAUCCUGGACUGGCCCAAGACACAUAUGUGUCCCUGGGUACCUGCCAGUACAACAUCCCACGUGCCAUAAAGGGAGAAAAUAAUCCUCCAGAGAUCAUAGUCAGUCCCACCUCCCUGAUCUACCCAAAGCAGGAGUUGGAACUUGGGGCCCCCAACACCCUCGUCUGCUUUGUCAAUGACUUCCAUCCGCCUGUAGUCGACAUCACCUGGACCAGGAACGGGCAGCUGGUGGACCAGAGUCAGGUCAGCCAGACUCAGUACUACUCCAAUGGUGACUUCAGCUUCCGCAUCUCAUCCUACCUGGACUUCACUCCGCAAGAGAACGACAUCUACUCCUGCAGCGUGCACCACAUCAGUCUGCAGGUGCCUCUCACCAAGUUCUGGGAGGCUGAACAUAGACACAUAGACCAGCAGGUUGUAGAGACAGCAGUGUGUAUUUGUGGUGUGAUCCUGGGGCUGAUUGGAGUUGUCACAGGACUCUGGUUCAUCAUGAAAGCCAACAAGUCCUGCCAGGCGUAACACGCAUCAAGACAAACACCUGAAUUUCAAUGUCAGAUGUGUGAUCUUUUUUCCCUUGUGUUUUUCCUCUGGGAGUGAGAUGGAGUGAGAUUUCUUUUUGUCGCCAUCAUAGUUUCCUUUUUUUUUUACACCUGCAAUGUUUUAUGUUGUCUGUGUCUGUUUUUUCCCCCCAUUUCUGCAACAACACUGAAUCUAAACCUGAGCUAAAAAGACAUCAGUUAAAGUAAUAGUUCAACAUUUUGGCAAAUACGCCUUUUCACUUUCUGGCAUGAGAAGAUUAAUUCCACUCUAAUGUCUGUACAUACAGUAUAAGGCUACAGCCAGGAGACAGUUAGCUUAGUUUAGCACAAAGAUUGGAAACAGGGGGAAACAGUUAGCCUGGCUCUGUCCAACAGUAACAAAAUCUACCUACCAGCACCUCUGAAGCUCACAAAUUAGAAAGAAGUAUUCUGGCACAAACUGCGAAUUGUUAACGGUGAAACAGACAUAACGAGUUGAUUAGUGAGCUUUAGAGGUGCAGAUUUUGUUUUAGGCUCCUGGCUAUAGCCUUAUAUUUUACAGACAGAUAUGAGAGUGGUGUCAAUUCUUCCCAUCUAACUCUCUGCCAGAUAGUGAAUUUCCCAAAACGUCAAACUAUUCCUUCAAGAAACAGAGGGAUCCUUACUUUAGGCACCAGUUACUAUUUCUUAAUUAGCUUGAACACAUGUACACAGUUGACUCUAUCCUUUAAAAGAGUUGAGAUUAUCGACUGAUGACACAGAUAGUUUAACACAUUUUCUUCCAUUUUACAGUAGAAUGUAUUUAUUUUUCUAACAAUAUAUUAAACAAUGCAGAUGCUUUACCCAUGUUUCAGCAUAUUGUAGCACAGAAACAGGUUUGAAGCUUAUUGUGUUUGUCAUGUACAAAUAAAGCACAUGGAGGAAAGUUGAAAAUGUCUGUUCCUGUAUGUUGUACUGCAUGUCAGAGUACAUGCAAAACACAUUCAAUUCCCUUACUUUCUUGCUUGUGUGUUUAUUAACCCUUCAACACAUCAGCCUGUGUGAUCACUGGCACAUUCACAAAGUCACCAUCAAUUAUCACAGCACCGACCAAGCUUUUGGGCAGAUUGCUGGUCCUUCAGUGACGGCCUGACGCAAAUGAUCAGUAAAUAAUGUUUGUCACAUCUGCUUGCUUGUGUUUUAAUACUGGCACAGAAUGGCGACGCUCCAGACUGCCUCUCAUCUCUGGUGGGUUUAUUUGGCUUGGGCCUGAAUCUAAUUAUUUUCACUGUGAUUGAUAAGAUAGCUGCCGCAUUUUAAUGUGGAAGUGUGUGGAGCCUCUGAGGGAUGAAUCUGAGAUCUCAAACACUGAAAAUACUGCAGCUUUGAUUUUGCAAUAAAAGUAUAUAUUCAGUGGUGAAGAAAUAAUUCAUACCAUGGACUCUGUCAGUCAGUAGGAUUAAGAUUGCAACUGGGCUCAGAUGAUCAGCAGAGCAGAGAGAACAAAUGCUGAAUGAUGAAUAAGUGUAGAGAAAUGGCAGUGCUGAGUUCCCCAAUAAUAGGUGUGGCAUUGCAUGGGAAGAGUAGAACUAGACUGACCACAUUUCUGUUUUUUUCAUUUACAGGUACUUGUGGUGUAGAGAAUGAUCUAUUAAAUCAUUUU